CUAAUCCUGUGCAGUCCUGUCUACUCCUUGCUCAUAUCUGCAUAUCUCUUUAAAUACAGCACACAUUUUCUUUCUAGCCUAUCCCACAACCUCAACAUAUUUACACUACAUAUUUCCUUACUGAUACUGGGGAGUCCUACUCCCAGUCCAGAUACCUUGUGCAGACUGAUUAUUUUUAGUGCCCCGCUGCUGCACGAUUCUAGUAUAUGGCUUUCAUGAUGAUGAAAAAGAAGAAAUUCAAGUUUCGAGUGGAUUUUGAAUUGGACAAUCUCUCAUCCGUUCCAUUUGUCAAUGGGAUUCUGUUCUGUAAAAUCCGGCUACUGGAUGGGGGCAACUUCAGUGUGGAGUCUUCCAGAGAAGUUGUCCAAGCCAAUAGUGUUCACUGGCGGAAACAAUUUACCUUUGUGUGCAAGAUGAGCGCCAGCGCAAACUCAGGGAUACUGGAUCCAUGUGUGUGCAGGGUGUCUGUGCGCAAGGAGCUAAAAGGUGGAAAAGCCUAUGCAAAGUUAGGCUUUGCAGAUUUAAAUCUGGCAGAAUUUGCUGGAUCUGGUAACACUAUUCGCCGGUGUCUUUUGGAGGGUUAUGACACAAAAAACACACGUCAGGACAAUUCUAUCCUAAAGGUUGGGAUCAGCAUGCAGCUCAUGUCUGGGGACCCCUGCUUUAAAACGGCACCUUCAACUGCCACAUCUAUAGCAAUUCCUGGGGAUUCAGACUCAUUGCAAAAAGACAGGAAAGGCCGUGAAACUGGGAAACUGCAUUUGGGAGUUUCAGACCUGUCAUCCAAAAGUGCAUCAGUCCCAGAUGAAUUGGGUGCGUGUGGCCAUUCUAGGACUUCAAGUUAUGCCAGCCAACAGUCCAAGGCAUCAGGAUACAGCACCGGUCACUCACGAUCUUCCAGUUUGUCAGAGCUAAGCCAUAGGAGGAACACGUCUGUUGGUAGCGCAUCUACAGGAAUUGGUAGCAUCCCAGAGCCCAGUGAUGAAGACAGUACCAAGGCUGCUAGGUUCAGCCCAGAAAUCUCAGAAGAGGGGUCAUCACCUGAAAAACUCAGCAGGCCCCCGGUGAAACAGGACUCAGUUGAGUCACAGUUAAAGAGAGUGGAUGCCACUCGAGUGGAUGCCGAUGACAUUGUCGAAAAAAUCCUCCAAGGUCAAGAUUUUACCUUGGACUCCAGUGCUGAAGAGGAAGGUCUGCGCUUGUUUGUAGGCCCCGGUGGGAGCACAGCUCUUGGGAGUCAUCACCUCCCCAACAGGGUCGGUGCUGGAGCAUAUGAACAAGUUGUAAUCAAACGCUAAGGAUUCUUAAGGAGUCUUGGAGAAGGUCAUGUGGAAUAAUCCUUCCGAGGGUCCGCUCAGCUUCAUUUCAUACUGCACAGACUGUUCUAGUGCUACAGAAUCACAGGACUAAAAAAAAUCCAACUUUUGAAUACUGUCCUGCCUGAUAACAGGCUGUCAUCUCUCCUCCCUGGAAGCAUUCAUGUUUUUGUGACUGAGAAGUUAGCAAUGCCAUGCAGAGCGUAUGCUGGAGGGAGUCGCAGCAUUCAUACUGUAGAUAAAACAUAGGAAAGGUGAGAGCAAGCCAACCCUCCUGUGCUUAUAACCACAUUGCUGGAAAAUACAAUCAGUGCAUCGUGUUCUUAUUUGUGUGAUGUGAGAUGCAAGUAGAAGUUAAGUAUCACUACACAAUAUAAUAUGAUACCAGGAUAUACUAUAGUUACUUAAUGCCUUCUAAAUAGAUUCAAUUGCUAUAAGAAUAGAGCUGUGGAUGGGAAGCUAAUAGAAUACAUGCAGUUAAAAUCUUAUUCUUAUAGAUGUCCAUAAUGUUCUGACUUAUCCACGAAAUGUCCAUAUCUUGUGACAGUACUACAUCAAAUCCUUGUGCACUUGGGUAGUAGCCUUGUAGCAGAGAGCACUCUAAGGUAUCAUUGUUUAAGUGCCAUAUGAAGUCUGUAUCAAUAUAUAUAUUAUAUAUGUGA